UGCAGAUUUGUAUCAGUCUUGUUCGUUAUGUAUAGUGUUUACAUUGAAUGAUUCGAGUGAAGGUUGCAUUACGUGAAUAUCGUAUUUCAAUAUUCAACGAAGUAUGAUAAUUGUUCGUGGAUAGAACAAUAGUGUUUUAAUUACAUAUAUACUUUUUUUUAUCAUAACACAAGUGAUGGAGGCCGAAGAAAUUGUGCUGAAAAAUCUUUCGUCGUUCUGUCAAACGUUGCCCGAGCACGUGGAAAAAUGGAGGUUGGUAAUGCAGCAAGCGGAACCGAUAGUACGCGGCAUUGUUAACAGAGGGCAGCAAUUAUGUCUUAUCCAUGGCGCUAAUAUCAAGAAAAUGGAUAAUUUCGUCGAGGCCAAAAGCGAUUUAGAGUCUGAAAUUAUAAAUGGGAUCGAGGAAGACUUUAUUGUAUUAAUGGAUUUAUUUGAUAAAGUGGAUAAAGCAAAUCAAUUAGUAAGAAAUUCAUUGAUCAAGUUCGAAAAUGCGACGGUGAAUUUGGAUUGGGAGACAUCUCCUUUAACGAUCGGAAGCGCAACAGUUCCUUCGCUCAGCAGACUACUGGAGGCGGCUUUGGAUUAUUGGAAUCAUUUCCAAAAGCUAUCCAAAAGUAUUUUUACGUCAACGAAGACUCCGGAGUGGUUCGAUGAGAAGACGUACAAGGAUAUCGAUAGGGCCUUCUCGGCUUUCCAUCCAGGUGCACGAUCCAUCCAGUAUUUACUAGCCAUCACCCAGUAUGUAAACAAUAAGAACAACGUGUCUUAAUUAAAGUAAAUUACAAUUAAAUCGAA